GCCGCGUACCCGACUGCGUGCGUGGGACAGUGUGGGUGCAGAGGCACGACUUUAAUAUAAAAGCUGUGAUUUUCCGAGCCUUACACCGCUCGCACGAACUUUCCCGGCGGUCUCACGGCGUUAGCGCUUUCCUCCACUGUGUCAUUUUCUCGGAUAGCCUCUUUCUCUCCGAAGGGAAUUUCUUGUCUAUGGUUCAGACCGAAGCCACCAAGAUGUCUCGUGCCGACGAGGUGCACCGUAUAACUGAGAAUGUCUACAAAUCCAUCAUGGAGCAGUUCAACCCCUGCCUGAGGAACUUUGUCGCCAUGGGGAAGAGUUACGAGAAGGCGCUGUCCAGUGUUACGUACGCCGCAAAGGGUUACUUCGACGCUCUGGUGCGGAUGGGGGAGCUGGCCAGCGAGAGUCAAGGCUCUAAGGAUCUCGAAGAGGCAGCAUGGGACGUGUUGUUUCAGAUGGCUGAGGUCCACAGGCAGAUCCAGAUGCAGCUGGAGGACAUGCUGAAAUCCUUCCACAAUGAGCUGCUCACUGAGCUAGAGAAGAAGGUGGAGCUGGACGCACGUUACCUGAGCGCCGCCCUGAAGAAGUACCAGAUGGAGCACAAGAGCAAAGGCGAGAGCCUGGAGAAGUGCCAGGCCGAGCUGAAGAAGCUACGCAGGAAGAGCCAGGGCAGCAAGAACCCGUCCAAGUACGGCGACAAGGAGAUGCAGUACGUGGAGACCAUCAGCAGCAAGCAGGGCGAGCUGGACAGCUACAUCGCGGAGGGCUACAGGGCGGCGCUGUCCGAGGAGAGACGGCGCUACUGCUUCCUGGUGGACCGGCAGUGCGCCGUGGCCAAGAACAGCAUCACCUACCACGGCAAGGGUAAAGACCUGCUGACUCAGAAGGUUCCGGUUUGGCAGCAGGCCUGUGCCGACCCGAACAAGCUGCCGGAACGGGCCAUGAUCCUGGCCCAGCAGAUGAGCUCCGCCCCUGGCACCCUGAGGUCCAGCCCCCUGCACACCUCCAAGGGCAACCUGGGCAUCAGCAGCCCCAUGCCGGGGGCCAAGCCCCUCCCUGUGCCCCCCGAGCUGGCCGGCUUCAUGGGACAGCAGGCAAGGCUGAUGGGAACGGACGGCAUGCCCAUGAUGAACGGGACGGCGGGGGUGCACGGCGAGGACUACCAGCAGUGGAUGGAGGGGAGGAUGACGCAGGGCAAGCCCUCUCCGCAGCCCCAGAGACAGGCCGGAGACGUCUACUCCAACACCCUGCCUGUCCGCAAGGCCCAGCCAGCCAAGAGCAAGGCCACCUCGGAGACUCGCACCCUGCCCAGGUCCAGCUCCAUGGCAGCUGGUCUGGAGCGCAACGGUCGAACCCGAGUCCAGGCCAUCUUCUCCCACGCCGCAGGGGACAACAGCACUCUGCUGAGCUUCUCCGAGGGCGACGUCAUCACCCUGCUGGUGCCCGAGGCCCGCGAUGGCUGGCACUACGGCGAGAACGAGAAGAACAAGAUGCGUGGCUGGUUUCCCUUCUCCUACACUCGUGUGCUGCAGGACAGUGAUGCUGAAAAGCUCCGCAACCUGCACCAUGGGAAGAGCAGCAGCACAGGAAACCUGCUGGAGAGAGAGGACAUCGCCCUGCCCCCGCCCGACUAUGGCAUCUCCGCCCGCCUGCUGACGCAGAGCUCCGCCCACAGCAGGCCCCGCCCCUACAGCGUGGCCACGCCCGUCUUCCCGCAGCAGGGGCUUGAAGACUACGACACCCGCUUUGCCACGAGUUCCGAAGGCAAAUUGAUCUCGACCGUUUGAGGACACAGACAGACACACAGACACAGACAGCUCCGAAUAGGACAGACACCUUCCCCUCCCGCCCCCUUACCCCCCCACCACACCUUUACCCCGUCCCUGCACAAUCAUACAGCCCUCCGACGGUCAAGGAGGCCUGUCUCCCUCCCUUUCUCUCUCCCUUCCCCCCUCCCUCGCUCCUUCCCUUGCUGCCUGGCCCGGUCCGGCGGGUCAGGGGAGCGCUGAAAGAACCAGAACACAGAGCGCAGCGGGUCGACUAGCACCUCGCGGGCUCAGAACCUCCCCUAAACGAAACCGCUGGAUGGGACCGCUCUGAAGAUACUGGGACACUUGCCUGUCUUUCAUGCAUGUAAAUGGGCUUUUUUCCAAAAAGAGAGAACGAAAGAAAGGAAAGGAGGAAAGAGCAGGUCAUUCGUGUGGCCCUGUACACUGACUGUAAACCUGCUCGGCAGCUGACUGUGUUCUGUAUGAGAAUGUGGAGUGGCGCCACAGCGCCACUUAGUGGCUUUGAAGCAUGAAGCACUGUGCAGACGUGCGGUUUGGCCAAGGGCCCUCUUUAAGUAAU